AUGCCUCCUACACAAACUCAGCAUGGGAACGAUUUCGUUCACCCAGUUGCAAAACAUGCUAAGAAGAAAGCUGCGACACCGUUCAUGAUUGAACCCAUAAAGGCAUUUUACAUCUUCCUUCUCGUCAACUUCAUCGCUGCUUUAUACGCACCUAUUCAAGAUUGCGACGAGACUUUUAAUUACUGGGAACCAACUCACUACCUGUCUCAUGGCUAUGGCUUGCAGACAUGGGAAUACUCACCAGAGUAUGCCAUCCGAAGUUGGUUUUACGUAGGAUUGCAUGCUAUAGUUGGUAACUUCAGGAGAUUGUUGCCGCAGACUACAAAGCUGGCUGAAUUCUACUUCAUUCGUUACGUUCUAGCAUUUGUUUGUUCGUUAUGCCAGGUGCUUUUAUUCCGCGUCAUCAGCUUCACUCUGAACCCACGCAUCGGCCUUUUCUUCCUUAUGGCAACUGUCAUGUCACCCGGAAACUUCCAUGCCAGUGUUGCCUAUCUUCCCUCUAGUUUCGCCAUGUACAUGUCUCUCCUUGGAGCUGCUGCAUUCAUGAACUGGAGAGGUGGGCUUAAGACCUCGUGGGGUAUCUGGUGGUUUGCUGUUGGCGGCAUUCUCGGAUGGCCUUUUGCCUCGGCUCUCUGUGCCCCCUUCUUAGUUGAAGAAGGCAUCCUGGCCGUCUUUGCCUUCAUGAGAGACCGCGAGAAGUUCUAUGAAGCGGUCCUUCGAGUUGGUAGAGGAGUAAUCGCUGCCCUGGUUCUUGUUCUCGGAGAUGCGGCCAUCAACACCUUCUUCUAUAAGAAGUUUGAAGUGGUCUCGUGGAAUAUUGUCAAGUAUAACAUCUUUUCAUCCACAGGUGGUCCCAACCUCUACGGAACGGAGCCAUGGACCUUCUAUUUUCGAAAUCUUGCCAUAAAUUUCAACAUUUGGUUCGUUCUGGCUCUCUUAUCCCUCCCCCUGUUCUUCGUACAAAAGAUCUUCUCCGCCAAACAACAUGGAUUUUACUCCGGGAUCCGCAUUACAGUGUUUCUUUCACCUUUCUAUAUGUGGCUUGCCAUCUUCUCUAGCCAACCACAUAAAGAGGAGCGGUUCAUGUAUCCCAUGUACCCGUUUAUCGCACUGAACGCUGCUGUGGGACUUCACAUUAUCUUGUCGGCAUUUGGAAGCUCAGACCCGAAAACUCUCGUUGGGAAGAUCCCAGCACGCUUGAAGCUUGUUGUUGUGAUGGGUGUGCUAUUGCUAUCUCUUGAUCUAGGCGUGACCCGCAUUAUCGGUGUAUACAAAGCCUACUAUGCACCCCUUACGCUUUACCAGCCACUUGGGACAGGGGUUGUUGGUCAACAAGGCCUUGGUGGAAAUGGCGACCAUGUAUGCUUCGGAAAGGAGUGGUAUCGUUUCCCGAGCUCUUACUUCCUACCGCGCGACAUGCGUGCCAAAUUCAUCCGAUCUGAGUUCCGCGGGUUACUACCUGGCGAAUUCGCCGAGGCACGCACCGGGUUCGGCUUCUGGAGCGGUACAUGGCUUCCUCCUAGAGGUAUGAAUGAUCGGAAUGAAGAGGAUAUGGGGAAGUACGUUGGUAUCAAGCAAUGCCCGUUCUUGGUGGACACGCAAUAUCCAGAGAACCGAAACCCUCUACCACCAAACGAGCCGGAUUAUAUUGCCGACAAGGAGAAUUGGGAGAUUGUGAAAUGUGAACCGUUUCUAGAUGCGGCGAACACACAUCUCCUUGCGAGAGUUCUAUGGGUUCCAGACUGGAGCUUCGUGCCUGAGAAUCUCAGGAGAAAAUGGGGACGACACUGUUUGUUGCAACGAAAGAAAUAA